AUGCCUCAUAUUGGGGUUGUGUUUGUUUUAAGCGUUGGCAUAUUGAUUGAAUCAUGCUGUAGCGUAAUCUUUGGGUUUUUACCACACAUUCUGAAUAAUGCGGCAUUUGUUGGAUUUUGUCUUAUUACCCGAGGUAUUCAAGGCACUGGUUUUGCAUGCUUUCAAACCGCAUCCCUAGCAAUAACAUCAUCGAUAUUCAGUGGAAAUAUUGCCUCAGCAACGAGUGUGAUAGAAGCCUUUACAGCUUUAGGCUUCAUAGCUGGACCUACCGUUGGCGGAUUGCUUUAUCAGGCGGGUGGUUUUAAACUACCCUUUCUUGUUAUAGGGUCCACAAUGCUAGUAGUUGGAUUUACAGCAAUUUUCUUCUUACCUACAAUUAAACAUACUAGUACGUCUGCUCCUGGAGCUCUAAUGAAGAAAUUACUAAUUUGCCCACGUGUGAUUUUAAUGUCCUGCACUAUGGUAUUACUGAAUAUCCUAUUUGGUGCAUUAGACUUAGGUUUCGCAUUGCACAUCAAACCGGUACUGGGAUUUCUUUUCGUAGCUCAGACAAUGCCAUCGGCACUAUUUAAAAAAGAAAAGCAAUUAAUACACCAUGGAUUUGUUUUUGAACAGUUUCUAUACUAA